AUGGCUGGUUUUACUGAAAAUGCGUUAGUUCGAAAGCUUCAAGAACUGAACUCGAGCCAACAAAGUAUCCAAACUUUAUCCUUGUGGCUUAUACAUCACAGAAAACAUCACGCUAUUGUCGUCAAAACUUGGUUUAAGGAGCUAUUAAAAGCAAAAGACAGCAAACAACUCACUUUUAUGUACCUAGCAAAUGAUGUCAUACAGAAUAGUAAAAAGAAGGGUCCAGAAUAUGGUCAGGAAUUUGGUAAGGUACUUGUGGAGUCCUUCAAACAUAUGGCAAAGACUGGUAUUAAUGCAAAGACUAAACAUUCUCUACAUAGAAUAUUGACUAUAUGGCAAGAAAGAGGUGUAUAUGAUGCUCAGAAAAUUCAAGAAUACAAAGAGGCUGUUGACCCUGCUGACGCAAUACCCAUAAAGGCCAACAAGCGAAAGUCUGGAGAAACAGACGCUAAAGAGUUAGCAGAGAAAAAACCAAAAGUAGAGGUUAGGGCCAAACAGGAGCGUCGUCGCAGUGAGACCAAGGAAGUUGAUGGACAUAUUGAAACACACACUACACUUAGUCCCAAAACACCACCUGGAGAUCCACCAGAGCCAGAAGAACUAAUAAAGGCACUUUUAGAAUUAGAAUCAAGUGCUUCAAGCGACGAAGCCGUGAGGGAGCGCAUUGCCUCCUUACCACCUGAAGUUUCCGAAGUCCAAUUAUUAUCUAAGUUAGAAGAUAAGGAAUCUGCACUAAGUCUGAGUGCCGUGGUAAACUCCGCGGUGGAACUUCUCGCUGAAUACAAUCUGAGGCUAAGUGAGGAGCUGGAGAAGCGACGGAAAGUGGCAGCUAUGUUGCGCGACUUUGCACAGUCGCAACGGGACCUGGCUAAACAAGCAGAGACUAGGUUAGAGGAAUACAACAUAAAACUCCAAAAGAUUUACGCAGUGAAGGCGGAGGUGAAGUCGCACAUAGAGAACCUGCCGGACGUGUCGCGGCUGCCCGACGUGACGGGCGGGCUGGCGCCGCUGCCAUCGGCCGGGGACCUGUUCUCGCUGUGA